CCCACCUGCAGGAACAUUACCUCCUGCACACGGGCCAGAAGCCGUUCGUUUGUCAGUACUGCCAAAAGAGCUUCACCCGGGCGCGCACUCUCAAGACGCACGUGGUCGUGGUCCACAAGCUGACCCACAACUAGCGCUCCCAGGCCACAAUGAGCGUGGCGAGGCAUGGUGGUGGUGUUGGUGGUGAUGUUGGUGGUGAGGGCUUGGUGUCGGUGGCCAUGAACGUCCCGGUGUCGUACUGGCAGCCUUCGGCGUCCCCGGCGGCGCUACCGUCAGAGCUGGAGUCACUGUGGGGGCGGCGCUGCGGGCGCGGCGGGUUGCGGGGCGCGGGCGAGCGGCGGCACACAUGCACGGUGUGCGGCAAAGCCUUCAAGCUCAAGCACCACCUGGUGGAGCACGACGUGGUGCACCGCGAGGAGAAGCCCUUUUCCUGCCCCCUCUGCUCGGCCUCCUUCAAGCGGGCUAAGCAGGUCAAGUACCACAUGAAGCUGCACCAUCGGUCGCACCUCGCCACCGCCGGUUUGCCGCCCGGCUCCCCACCGUCGAUCCUCCCUCACCCGCCGGCAACCUCCUCUCCCGGCCCGGCGCCCCACACUCAGUAGCGGGCCGAAGGGAGGCGUCGCGGCGGCUGUGGCCUCAGCACUCACUCAUCUCAGUUCCCAGUGGCUUGUGUUAGGCAUUUAACGACUGUUCGUCAUGAUGUCAGUAUAUCAAGGCGGUUAUUGGUGUAUAGUUUUAAUGCAGACAUUUAAAUAAAACUUUUGAUAAUG